AUGUCCUCAUCGGCCUAUCAAUUUAAAUCAUGUGUUGCUGGAGGUUCUACAAAGGCUUCUCAUCUUCUCUCCAAAGAGAAGAUUAUUCAAGAUCGUCAAAAGUACUUGGCAAAGGCACAAUACACCUUCUAUGAGAAUCCACUCAUGUUGGUCCGAGGUGAUAAACAAUAUGCGUUUGAUGAAAAUGGAAGGAAAUAUUUGGAUGCUUAUGCCAAUGUUGCUCAUGUCGGUUAUUGCCAUCCACAUGUAAUACAAGCGACUGUCGACCAAUUGCAAUUCAUCAAUUCUAACACUCGUUAUCUACAUGACAAGAUUGUGAGAUUAGCGGAGAAAUUAACAUCCAAAAUGCCACAAAAAUCCGAUUUGACCGUGUGCUUCUUUGUGAAUUCGGGAAGUGAAGCUAAUGACUUGGCUGUUCGAUUGGCUCGUGUUUAUACUGAAAGAAAUACAAUUAUUGCAUUGGAAAACUCAUACCAUGGAACAACUGGAACCUCAACAGGAAUUUCUGCAUCAAUUUCUACUGGAACUGGAGAUAAGUGUCCUGACUGGGAUUACUAUGCUCGUGAUGUGGAAUAUGUGAGAAUGCCUGACAUGUUGAGAAGUCCUUACAAACCAGAAAGAGCAAUUGAGGAGUAUGUGAAAGACUUUGAUCGUGCAUUUGAGAAGAGAACCAAAAAAGUGUGUCCAUCUUCUUCUUCAUCGUGUCAAAGUUCGCCAAAGCAACAUGAUAUUGCAGCAUUCAUUCAUGAAAGUAUUCAGGGAGUGGGUGGUCAACUUCCAUUCCCAGAUGGUUACCUUCAACAAGUUUAUGCAAAAGUGAAAGGAAGAGGAGAUAUUGUCACCAUGGGUAAACCUUUUGGAAAUGGUCACCCAUUGGGUUGUGUCGUAACUACUCGUAAAAUUGCUGAAGCAUUCGACAAGUCACAAUAUUUUAACACGUUUGGUGGAAAUCCUGUGAGUUGUGCUGUAGGAUUGGCUGUCAUGGAAGUCAUUGAAAAUGAAAAUUUGCAACAGAAUAGUUUGGAAGUUGGAACAUUCUUGAAAGAUGGACUUUCAAAACUCAUGAAAAAGCACAAAUUGAUUGGAGAUGUCAGAGGUAGAGGUCUCUUUCUGGGUGUUGAACUUGUUAAGAAUGCACAUAUUGGAGACUUGACACCUGCAGUUCAAGAAACAAAAUAUGUUUGGGAAAGAACAAAAGAAUUGGGAGUUUUGAUUGGAAGUGGUGGACCACACAAGAAUGUAUUGAGGAUCAAAGGUCCAGUAUGUUUAACAAAAGAAGAUGCACAAUUCUUGAUUGACUGUGUGGAUCAGGCACUCACCGAAGCGGAAAACAAGGACUUGUCAAGCCAAAAAGGUUUUGCCAAAACAUCCAAACUUUAA